AUGGCAGAAGUGGUCGGUAGCGUAUCUGCUAUCACGUCCCUCGUGACACUGGCUCUCCAAUCUUCUAUCACUCUUUAUCAGACGGUCCAGAGCCUUCAAUCGCGAGAUAAGGUGAUUCGUGAGCUGCGCCAGGAAGUAGAGGCUCUUCAGACUGUCCUCCAGGCUCUGGAUGAAUCAAUCUGCAGCUUUGACGUCGAUCUUACAGCGCUUACGCAACCUCUCAUGAGAUGCAAUAAUGCCUGUAAUGAAUUCAACGCUUUAAUCAUGAAAUGCACGCCACGUUCCAGCGGGGAGCGGAGUAGCAAGAGGGAUUGGCUUAGAAUGAGAUAUAUGGGCGAGGACAUUACCGGUUUCAAGGACAUGUUGGCUAGUUACAAGUCAACCAUUUCCCUCGCACUCGCAUAUGCAAAUUUACGCACCACGAAGACCACAAGAGGGGUUCUGGAGGAAUAUAAGGAGCUUAUAGAGAAUACGAAAUGUGAUCUAGAAAACCACCUGUACGAUAUUCGAGAGCGGCUACAGACUGCAUCUUCUCAAGGUCCGGUGGUCUCCGGCAUCGACACGGUGGAGCUCCAAUUAAUGGAGGAGGAGAAGGAUAGCACGCAGAAGAGCCUCGAAAUCUGUGAGCAAUUCUUCUCUCUGAUCAACCAGUCGCGACCAAGCUUGUUGGGUGAAGUGGCCCAUUCUUUGAGUCCCUUUGAUCACAUGUCCGGGUUCUUUAACCCUAACGUGUCAUCAUUGAUCAAUGCGGAAGGUCUUAACUCCACCUAUAAGGAGAUCACGAGCUGGAAGCUGCGCCUACUCCAGCAUCUACAUGGUGUCGAUCGGAUUGUUCAGGGGCAACAGCGCAAUAUGCCUCGCCUGAACACGGAGCCAGAACCCGAGGAACAAAAUUUCAGAGAAGAUUUAAGCGGCACAGAAUCUUUACUCAAUUUCUGCAAACAGGUGGAGGAAGAAGCAAAGCACCAACGAACUCACUAUUUCGAGGAUGUCAGCACAGGCGACAAUAGCCGACAAGCCAUUGUCACUACUCUCGAGGAUCUCAUAUCCGCCAAACGCAUCAAGUCAGGUAAUAAUUCAUAUCAAGCACUUGGCAGAAUGGCAGAUGAGAGCAUUCAAUCCUUUUUCAACAGUGCUAUGCCGAAUGAUGGAUCCAAUGACCAUGUAGAAAAGGAAGGAAAAUAG